AUGUAUUGUGAAUAAAAUUCCAAAAAUGAGUUCCUUUCUUUAAAUUAUCACAUUAAUAAUAAAUUCGAAUUGGAAAAUUACCUAAUUGAAAAUUUCACUGAAUAACUGAAUUUUUGUUAAAAAGGAAGUCAAUAACAAAAAGAUGGAUCUUAAAAAACCUUCAUUGGUCAACAAUAUAUCACCAAUCCCUUAUAAUAUACUAAAGAAAAUUUGAUAUUCAAUCAUACCUUUUACAGGGAUUAAUCGCCAAUAGAAAGGAUAUUGGUAUUAAGAUGGCUACAUCAGACAUCCUCAAAAGAAUUCAAUCGAAACAAUUUAUCAAAUAAAAUGAUACAUUUAACAAAUGAUGAAAGGUUCCGAAGACUAUGUCAAUUUUGAGAAAGGAAUAUGGUAUCUUUUGGAGAAUUUAAGAUUUACUAUAGAAUUCAACAAUUUUUAAAAAUAGAAUAUAGGAAAUAUAGUAAUCAGUAUGGUCUUAAAACCAACUUUACAACUAGAAAUAAUUCAAUCAAGUUUAUGAGAGAAUGAAAUAUAUUGCUUUAGAGUAUUUUAAAGUUGUUGCUGAGCUUUUAGGUCAGUUAAAAGAGAAAAUACAGAAAAUACAUUUGAACUAUUUGGCUUAGAUUUCAUGA